UGCGGUCAGGCCAAGAGCCAAUUCGCGAUCAUCUCGACACAGAGCAAGAGAAAAUUAUUAAGAAAAAAAAUCGAAAAUUAUUUGCAGAUACAAAAUCAAUCAUAGAAUAAAUAAGCUGUGAAACAGCAGCAGCAACAGCAACAGAAGCAGCCAUCAUGCAGGUCUUCGAUAAUACCAUGCGCCGUGCCUCACGCCGAGCCUCUUUGCGCCGCGGCUCGAUAUCGGCCUUGCCACAGAAAUCAGCGGAAAUUCCCUGGGACAUCUUUGAGCGCCUCUUCAUGCCGUUUCUAUUCUGCCAGGCGGCGGCUAUAGUCAGUUCGCAUCUGCUGCAUGCUCUGAAUAUAUCGAAUAUCUCGGCCUUUGCCCUCUUCGUUUGGUUUGCCCUGUCCACUGUGGGAGCUGUGCUCUUCUAUCAUUUCGUUAAGGUUUCCGCUUCUGGCAAGGGAGUCCUGGUUACUGGCUGUGAGUCACCUUUGGCCUGGUAUUUGGCCAAGAAACUCGAUGAUCUCGGAUUUACAGUCUAUGCUGGCUUCAAUGAGCCCAUUGAAGAUUCAGAUGAGGCCAAGAUCCUUAAAGAGGAGACCUCGGGACGCAUGAAACUGUUGCAUGUGGACAUUACAUCGGAGAAAUCGCUUUUGGAAACUGCCCGCUAUGUCAGCCAACACUUGCCCCAUGGCGCCGAAGGAUUGUGGUCGGUGGUGCAUUGUGCCCAUUGGAUAGCUUUGGGUGAACUGGAAUGGAUUCCAUUUGCUGUGCUGCGCAAAAGUUUGGAUGUCAAUUUGCUUGGAGCUGCUCGUUUAACUCAAAUCUUUUUGCCCCUGGUGCGACGUGCCCAUGGACGUGUUGUCUUCCUGACCUCCGGUCUGAAUCGUGUGCCAUCGCCAGUGCGAGGCAUUCAAUGUGCCACCCAAUCGGCUGUGGAUUGCUUUGCUGCCUGUCUGCGUCAGGAGAUGCGUACCCGUGGAGUGGAUGUUUCUGUUGUGGCAGCCGGCGAGUUCGCUCCUGGCAAUGGCUGGCUAAAUGAGACUGAGCUGCGCGAACAGGCCAAACAAAUGUGGAAUCAACUGUCCUCGGAGCAGAAGAAGGCCUACGGUGAGGACUACUAUGAAGCGGCCAUGACUUCUGUGGAGAAAUAUUCGCGCCAGGCUGCCGACAUUCAACCCACACUCCGUGUCCUUAUCGAUGCUGUGACCAGAACUUUCCCCAUGGCUCGCUAUACUCCAGUGACGGCCACCGAGAAAUUGCAGAUCUUUUUGGCUGAGCAUUUACCGCCAUCGCUCUAUGAGUCGAUCUAUGGUGAACAGAAGAAAUUUGUCUAUUAAACCGGAACAUCCCCCCCGCCCACCUGCCACCACCCACUACGAAUCACCACCCACCCAAGCAUCAAGGAGACGUCUCUAUAUUGUUGCCCUUUUGGCAUUGUUAUUAUUAUUUUUCCGGCUAUUACCACCCCCCUACCCCACCCCACCAAACAGAACCAACUUCUGUUGCUCUUUUUGUUUAUUUGUUUUUAGAAACGCAUUUAAAGGAAAUUCAUCAUCAUC